CUGGAAACAACCACUUCACCCCUCCCUGUAAACAACCAUCCCACAUCUCCCUGUGGACGAUGCUGCAGGGCUGAGGACCCGGCCCCGCCCACCGCGGUCACGUGACGCGCCCCGCCCGACACGUGACUCGCCUGACCCGGAAGUGGCGCGCGGGGGACGCUGACGCUGGAACAAAGAUGGCGGCCCGCGGCGCUGGGGCCGUGCUGGGGCUGCUGCUGCUGCUGCUGCUCCGCGCGGGCCCGGCCCGCGCCCGCGUCCAUCACCUCACCCUCAAAGAUGAUGUGAGGCAGAAAGUGCACCUGAAUACCUUUGGCUUCUUCAAGGAUGGUUUCAUGAGAGUCAAUGUCAGCAACCUCUCCCUGAAUCCAGCAGCGAGGCCUGAAGACAAGGAUCGUUUAUCAGUGGGAUUCAGUUUGGAUCGAACAAGGAAUGAUGGUUUCUCCACUUACUUGGAUGAAGAAGUGGAUUACUGUAUCUUGAAGAAGACACCAGCACCAGAUGUCUCUGUUGUAAUCUUACUUCUGGACUUCUGGACUGGAGUUGUGAGAGUACGGUUCUCUUCACAAGCUGCUUCUUUGUUACCUAAAAUUUUAUUUGUAUCUGAGGAAAACGGUACUGCCCUAAAUACCAAGGUGCUAAAAACUUCUGAACCAAGCAAUGAUUCUGCUAGAAAUCCUCCAAAGACCAACGAAAAUCCAGAUGGCAAAGGUAAGAAGUCCAAACGAAGUACAACAUCCUCCCAGACCGUGUUAGAACAAGAACAUCCUGUUCACAAUGACGGAGGAACUUUUUCAUUUCAGUUCUCUUUUAACAUCAGCUCAGAUAAACAAGAAGGUCUCUACAGCCUGUAUUUCCACAAGUGUGUUGUCGAGAAAGGGGCAGCUAACGAUCAGCAGCUGUUUAGUCUUGAUAUAGAUAUUACGGAAAAGAAUCCUGAAAGCUACCUCUCAGCAGGUGAAAUCCCACUGCCAAAGCUUUACAUUUCCAUGGCCAUCUUCUUUUUCCUGUCUGGAACUGUAUGGAUCCACAUCCUUCGUAAGCGCAGAAAUGAUGUCUUUAAGAUCCACUGGCUCAUGGCAGCCCUUCCUUUCACCAAAUCAUUGUCCUUAGUCUUCCACGCGAUCGACUAUCACUACAUCUCUUCUCAGGGAUUCCCCAUCGAGGGCUGGGCUGUUGUUUAUUACAUCACUCACCUACUGAAGGGAGCUCUUCUGUUCAUCACUAUUGCCCUCAUUGGCACAGGCUGGGCUUUCAUUAAACACAUCCUGUCAGAUAAAGACAAAAAAAUCUUCAUGAUUGUCAUCCCACUUCAGGUACUGGCAAAUGUGGCCUACAUCAUCAUAGAGUCAACAGAGGAGGGGACAACUGAGUAUGGACUGUGGAAAGAAAUCCUUUUCCUGGUGGACUUGCUGUGCUGUGGAGCCAUCCUGUUCCCAGUGGUAUGGUCAAUAAGACAUUUGCAAGAGGCAUCAGCAACAGAUGGGAAAGCUGCCAUUAACCUAGCAAAGCUGAAGCUCUUCAGACAUUACUAUGUCAUGAUUGUGUGUUACAUUUACUUCACACGGAUCAUUGCAAUUCUCAUAAAGAUUGCUGUUCCAUUCCAGUGGAAAUGGCUGUACCAGCUGCUGGAUGAAAUGGCCACACUGGUUUUCUUUGUCCUUACUGGGUACAAAUUCCGUCCAGCAUCAGACAACCCCUACCUACAGCUCUCUCAAGAUGAUGAGGAUGACUUGGAGAUGGAAGCUGUGGUGACAACUUCAGGAGUAAUGGAGGGCAUGAAGAAAGUCAAGAAAGUGGUGAAUGGUUCAGCAGAGCCCCAGGGCGAAUGGGAAAGCAUGGCAUGAUGGACUGGACUAAGGCAGCACUUUCAGAGAAACUUUUUUAAUUUAUUAAUAUUACUCUCAGUGGAAAGGGAGCAACUUGCACUCCCCACCACUGAAACUGCAGAGUGGGGUGUGUCUAGGGAGAGCAAAGCAGUGCAGAAAUAUAACUAUUCCUUUGAUCAUAAGAAAAUGGGAUCUCUUGGUACCUGCAAGGAGUGUGAAGCUUUCCUAGGGAUUUGGGGUAGCUUUUUUUCCCCCCCCCUUUCUGGAUCGGUUCUUUUUUCUGAAUUGUUGUGUUCUUCAGAAUGUGUAAUACUAAUGUGAAGAGGGAUCUUCAGUGUGUAUGUAAAGAAUAUAUUUUAUAUAAUGCUCAUAUAUCUACACACACACACACACUUGCUAUGUAACAUGAAUGCUGGGACUUGCAAAGCCUGUCAGAAGGUGGAAAAAGAAGAUAAAGACAUGUAAGUAUUUUUUUUCUUUUUAUAAACUCUCCUUGUGGCAUGGACGAAACAUUGCAAAACAAAUGGAUAGGAACAACUGCAGUUAUUUGAGAGACUGAAGGGAUGUUGGAUCAGAUGACUUCUGCCACUGCUCAUGCAAGUGUGAAAGGUGAUAAGUAUCUUCUUGUCUUAUCCCUGCAGGUGUCCACCUGAAUGUGUCAGGUUUUCAGAUGUGUUGCUAUACAGGAAAUGAGUGACUGUUCUCCAUUAAAGCACUAAGCCCAUAGUGCAGUAAACAUUUAUGUACAUUCUCCAGUGUCCUUGGAGUUGCUCUUGACUCAGCCCCACCUGACAAGAAGUACACAAGAGGUGUAAGACUGAUGCUUGCUUUUUAGGGGUCUGCCUAAAUGUUUACUUUCAAGCUGUGACCCAGAGCACUUUGGUUUGCUUUGUAAAAUAUUUUCAAGGUUUUUCAAAAGUCACUCCUUUCUGGCACAGUAUAAACAGUACCAGACUCUCCAGUGGAAAUCUGUCUAGCCAUUUUACUGCAGCAUAAAUCUCUGGUUCACAGUUACCCUGAAUUACUGGGCCUCUCUGAAUGGCUACUUGUACCUCUCUGGCUGUGUGGGAUUAAUGACACUGCUGUUGAGAUGAGCUGAACUGGUCAAAGUGGUAUUGCCAUCAAAAACAGACAGCUGUAACUCACAGUCCUAAAUGUUGGGGUUUUCUUUUGUCAGGAGAGGAGAAGAUUAUGACCAGAACCUUGAUGCAGGGGAAAAUGCAGUCCUUGACUGUUAACUGCAGACUUGCAGUGGAGUCUUUACAGACAUGUUCCAAAAUGCCCACAUGUGUUUUCUCUGUAGUCCCUGGGGUUGGUGUAGGGCACUUGGUGUCCAGAGCUGUGGCAGUGAAAAUGAGCAUUCAUUUGGGGGAGGAUGGAAGUGGCUCACUGGUGCAAUGAGGAUUAGCUUUAACAAAAAUAAAUCAGCUCUAAGUCACUGACCCACUGAAGCCUUAAUAUUGAUGCAGAGGCCCUGCACAGAGUGGUGCCUCUGCCAGGGUGUCAGGGAGAGGCUUCAUCAGAGCCCUGGAUGUGCCAGCAUCGCUUACAGACUCAUCCAGGAACUGCUUUUUUGGAGGGACUACAUUUCUGGGGCACAGCUGAUGAGGAGCCACUGGUGUAUUUUAUUCUCCAAUCUGAGAAGGAGGAUUUCCUCAAGAAUCUUGAACCACUUCCUCACUCCUGAGCAGGGAUUGUGGAGCUCCUGGUGAGCUGUCUGUACCAGGACUUGCUGUUUGAGGAGCAGCACCACUUUCCCCCAUUGCUGCUUCUUUUCCCAGCUGUUGGUUCUAUGCACCAUGGAAACAAAUCUACCUGCUUUGAUACCUGGAACUGCUUUCUCUUCAGAUAAAGCACAAGAAGAAGAGCAUUUGUCUCUGGCUACAGGUUUCUCUUCUGUUUUCCUCCUGAGCUGUAACUUCACAGUAAUCACAGCAGUGAUAGUUUGACUUUGCUGUCAUUGCCUUGCAGUGAGACAGUUUUAGUGAGAAGAGAUCCUAUACCAGUGGAAAGGCUGCUUGGUGACCUAUGGGCCUUUUAGGCCUUCUGGAGGAAGAAAUCUGCAUAUUUAGCUGAAGUGUGAGAAAUUGGACCAUAAACAAACAGGCAGUCCCAGCUCAUCAUACACUUAAAUGCAAUAUCUGGAAAAUUCAUCCUCUGCAGUUAUUCUGUCCCUUGUCACUCCCUGCAUCCAAAGGGUGCUUGAACAGGCUCUGAAGUUUGCUCAGAGAAGCCCACUGAAGACUUGGAGUGUGUUGGCACUGAGGAGCUCUGUGAAGCUGGAAGGAAUCCUCCACCCAGCACAGCUGUGAAGGUAUUGAUCUGCCUCUCCCAGGAGAAGCCAAACUUGUUCAUUUUGGAGAGAUCUCAUACCAGGAGGCAGUAGCCAAAUUGGAGGGGCUACAAAGAACAGCUGCAGUGACUGAGAUGAAGGAAUUGGGCAAUGGCAGAAGAUGACAAGAAUUAAAACUGUAAGCCUGACUAAGUGAUGAUUCAAGAAAGCCAAGAAGAUGUAGCUCAGUACAAAAUGGCUGCAUGGGGGUAACCCACAGAAAUGGGUUUGGAAUUUGUGUGGCUGAAGGCUGAGCUGUGGAGAGGUGAGAUGGAACAAAAGCAGAAGAAAACAAGAUGUUAAGAGAAACCUUUUGCCAAUGAGUUUGGCUGCAAACAAUCUCCCUGGAGAAAUGGAGGCAGUUCUGUGUUGUUUUAGAUAAUCAGCACUAGGCUGGACAAAUCACUGCUAAAUACACUGCAGGGAAUGACCCCUCGUUGGCUGUGAGCUGGAUGAAAUGCCUGGCUCAGCCAUUUUCCAUUUGCUUAUCUCAGUGGGAAAUAUAUUGCAUGCAUAAUUCCUGGUUUGGGGGGGUCAUUUUAGUUUUACUGUUAAACCUCACAGAUUGAGUGAGCCUGGCUGCUCCAUAGGAGGAACACGUUGAAAUGAAGCUGGUUGGUGUGUGCCCUAAUCUGUAUUCUGAGUCAGGCAGGGUUUUAACUGUUGCUGCAAAAUCUGAGAGGAAAUUUCUGCUGGGAUUUAACAAGCACACAAUGCCUGAGUGUUGCCAUGAAUCAGAGCAGCCUUAUGGGAGGCAACAAUUCCAACUCUUAAACAGCAACAAAAUUUGAAGAAUAGGAGUAGGUCAAUCAGGUCGAUUUUGUGUGUUUGAAUGUUUUUGGGCAUUGUUGUGGUUUUGUUUGGUUUUAACGAUUGCAGGGUAGGGUUUGGGUGGGCAGACAUCACUGCUGACUGCACAGUUUGCUUACAAAGCUUGCUCAAGGGACUUGUGUCUUGUCUUAAAACCAGAGCAGGUCAGCACCAGCUGCCCCAGCCUCCAAAUGUCCUCAGCAGCCAGACCCCGGGCACCGAGGGGCUGAUGAGCCAAUGUAGCAUUCAUGACUAAUCAAGAGGCUGAUUUCUGUCUGGUUUGUGGUGUGAAACCCAGCAGGACACCCAUUCCUGUGCCCUCUGCAUGCUCAGAGCUCAGCACAGGACACCGAGCUGCAUUUGGAGCAAACAUCUGGGCAGGAUCACAGGAGAGCUGCAAGCCACGUGACUUCCCUUUAUUUUGAAGGCUCUGAUGCUUCACUACUCCCCUGCUGACCCACUCCUGCUUUGGCACGAGAAAACUCUGACCAAAUUUUGGCUUUUCCACAAAAAAAACCCACCAACUCCAGGCUGUGUGUGCUCUGCUCCGUGAGUUCACUGCCAGGCUGAUGUCUCCAGUCACAGAUUCCUCGCUCAUGUGGUCUGUUGGUUUUGGAGCAUCUUCUCGAGCUGCUUUUGGGUCUGAGCACAUCAGUGAGGAGGAUGAAGAAGGGGAAAAGAAAACAUCAUUUGUGAUGAUGCACAGAGUGAGCACACGCGAUCGGGGCAGGCUGCACCUCGCUGCUUGCAUGCAGUGCUAUUCCCACGAGGCAGCUGCAAUCCUGGCAGUUAAAUCAGGAAGGAUGCGUUGGGGAAAACCCCCGUGAUGGCGUCUGAGGAUGCUGAUUAAAUGUGCACAGCCUGGUGAGCCCACGUGGAACAAAAGGCUGCGUGGCUGAGCCUGACAGACUUGCUGUGUCCUGGGGAAAAAGAACUCCGAGGUUUUAUUAAACACUUUCAAGUAGCUACCCGAGGAAGGAAAAGCUUUCUGCAGACACACACUCGGCUGUGCAGCCCACACACCUCCCAGCUUUUCCAGUCAGAACGUGGAGACUCGGAUCCAUCCCAACCUCUAGCGCUGGUGUGGCAAGAGGGGUAAGCUCAAAGCUUCCCUUUGAGCAGGAACCUGCUGUGACCACAGCAGCAACAGCAAAUAUUGCCCAGGGAAUGAUCAUUUCCAUGGCUGCACUCUGGGGAUCAGACAGCAGAAGCCCUGCAAGCGGCACACGCUGCUUCAUCAAAAAGCCAGCCCGGGUCAGGCUGGGCUGGCUCUGAGCUUGUCCUGCAAUUGCUGAUGGUGGGAGAUGUGAGCAAUGCCUGAGGUCUGUCUUGGAGGAGAGAGCCAAGGGGAUUUAUAAAGCAAAACUACUCUCAAGGAAGGACUGGCCUGCAGUGGAUUUUCCUCUGAGCAAACAACCCAGCUCCUUUCUGGGCACACUGACCACAUUCAGCUGGGCAUGUUUGUUUUCUGUUCCAGUUGCUGUUCAGAUCUCAAUCCUGUCAGCCCCAGGAGUCUUUCCACACUUUGCCUGUGUUGCUCUGCCUGUAGAAAUGUCACUUCAUCCUAGAAAAUGUCACCAGGGUUGUUAUUUAAACAGUAAUAGGGUUAAAGCUAAUAAUUGGGAAGUGAAAGUGACUGCCUUGCAUAGUUUCCGAUUACUUCUCUCGGUUGUGUGAUUUGAGUUCUCAGUGCUUCACGUGGUGGAGGCAGGGUAGAGUUUUAAAUAGAAUUAAAUCCUUUCAACAUCAGUUCUGCAGCAGCAGAGCCUGUGCUAGAAUGCCUGUGCUGUGCAGGGAAGGUUUGGGACCUGGCUGGAACCCCAGCUGGGCACUGCCAGGUCAUGCUCUGCACACAAAAGGACACCCCUGCUGCAGUGUGGUUACAGGCACAGAUUAAGGGAAACACUGCAAAAAUUGGAGUUUGGCUGAUGGGCAGCAAGAAAGGAGCUGCACAGGAUGUUUUGCAGCACAUUUGGGGACUAGACUGGAAUCUGAUGAGACCUGUGUUGGAGUUGUAGGCAGGCCUUUGUCCCUAAAAGCCAUGCAGAUGCUGGAAGUGACUGGGAGGGAUGCUGGAGGGGAGACGCUGCCUCACAGAGCUCUCUCUGCCACGUGCUGCCAAUCCCCUGUCGCUCAGUGCCAUCCCUCCAGCUCAUCCCCCAGGCUGUGCCGCUGCUGGGACAUGCUGAUGGUGUUUUUAUCCUCUUCUGCCUUAAUGAGCUCGUUUGUGUGAGGCUGGGAAAUGGAGGACGAGGCAUUUUAGAAACAUCCACUUGGGGAAUGUAUCCCUGGAGAAGUGAGUGUCAGGACACGUUUGGCUGGUUAAAAACAAUAAAGGUGCAAAGAGCA